GCGGUGGAAGCUUUGGGAUUGUUGUGGCAUGGAAGUUGAAGUUGGUUCCUGUUCCAUCCAUUGUUACUUCCUUUAAAUUUGGGACCAAAACUCCACCAACUUGGUUCAUCGAUGGCAGUUUGUAGCACCUGAGAUUGAUGAACGACUCUUCAUUGGCGCCAUGGUUACAGCUGCAAAUUCAGGCGAAGGCGAAAGGAGGAGGAAGAAUAAUGGGGGUGUUUUUGUACUCCCUCUUUCUAGGAAGAGCAGAAGAGCUUAUUUCCAUAAUGGAGAACAGUUUUCCAGAGGUUGGAUUGAGAAUGGAAAAUUGUGUAGAAUCCAACUGGGUUGAAUCAAUGGCAUAUCCAGCAAGUGGGUUCGUGACAGCAAAGGACAUGAAUUUCUUACUAGACCGAACCCCACUCACCAAUGGCAGAUACAAAACCAAAUCCGAUUACGCCACUGAACCCAUCUCACAAACCGCCCUCCACGGCAUAUGGGAAAGGUUCAAUGCCAAAGGCAUUCAGACAGUGCAGCUCGUACUCAUCCCUUAUGGUGGCAAAAUGAACAAGUUUUCUGAAACCGACACUCCCUCCCCACACCGAGCUAGAUAUCCCAUCAAAAUUGCCUAUUACGUCACAUGGGAUACGCCCGAAGGCGACUCGAGACACUUGGAAUGGACCCGAGAGCUCUAUGAUUACAUGACUCCGUUCGUGUCGAAAUCGCCUCGGGCGGCGUAUGUCAAUUAUAGAGACCUUGACAUUGGAAGAAACAACGAGGAGGGGAUUCCGAGGAGCUACGAGGAAGCGAGCGUUUGGGGGUUGAAGUAUUUUGGGGAUAAUUUUGAGAGGCUUGUGGAAGUGAAAACUAAGGUGGAUCCCUAUAAUUUAUUCCGGCCUGAACAAAGCAUACCGCCGGUUGCAGCCCAAGUAAAGAUAUCUUCAGGCCAUGAUGUGCCUUGUGAUAAAAUGGAAUAUCUUCCAAAUUUAAUUGGUUUGGCCAUGUGAUCAAAGAUAUAAUUUUAUUGGAGUACCCGACA